CCCUAAACCCUGCAUCCACUUUUUCCUUCUUCACUCUCCACACCAUUUUUGUUUGAAACCAAAUGAAAUGAAGUUCCAUUAGUUCAAAGAGGAGAAAAAGCAGAUCAAAAUGAGUAGCAGAACGACGACGUUUUGGGUUCGACUACUCCGCAAUCAACUGCGGUUCGUUUCAUCAUCUUCCGCCGCCGGCGCAGGAAAUCAACCACUUUUCCGGCAUCCACAGCCGCCUCCGCAUUCCGUACGUUCAUUCUCCUCCGCAUCAUACCGAACACCGCAGGCGGAUAGGGUAAUCAGAGAGCUAUUCCUCGACGUCGAAAGGGACAAGCAAAGGGAAAGGGAAGAGAGAAAGAAGAAAGGAUUAGAUACAGCGGAUAUUGAUGCUGAGGAAAAUGAGGAUUUCAUGGGCGUGGGCCCACUAAUUGAGAAGCUCGAGAAGAAGAAGCUUAAGGAAGAAAAAUUUAGCUAUUUUGAUGAGCCUACGGAUUCGGAUUCUGAUGAUGAUGAUGAACGGUGGACUGCUGAGGCUAUUAAUAAACGAUGGGAUACUUUUGAAAAAAAGUUUAAGCGACAUGAAGAGCUCCUUAAGAACUUCACUGAUGCAGAGACUCUUGAUGAUGCAUUCAAGUGGAUGAAUAGAAUUGACAAGUUUGAGCAAAAGCAUUUCCAGUUGAGACCAGAGUAUCGUGUGAUUGGUGAACUGAUGAACCGCCUUAAAGUGGCUGAGGGUAAGGAAAGAUUUCUUUUGCAGCAGAAGAUAAAUAGGGCCAUGCGAAUGGUGCAGUGGAAGGAAGCUUAUGAUCCCAAUGACCCAGAGAAUUAUGGAAUCAUUCAACAUGAGCAGGUGGGACCAAAUGUAGAUCUUUUAGAACAUGCUGGGUUUGAAAAGGAAAAGGAGAUGAUUCAAGGAGGAGAUGACGACGAUGACAUAGAGUUUGAUGACAUGAAAGAGAAGGAUGAUAUAUUGUUAGAGAAGCUCAAUGCCAUUGAUAGGAAACUUGAAGAGAAAUUGGCUGAAUUGGACCACACCUUUGGGAAAAGGGGUAAGCUCUUAGAAGAGGAAAUCAGAGAUCUUGCUGAAGAAAGGAACUCGUUGACAGAGAAGAAAAGAAGACCUCUGUACAGAAAAGGUUUUGAUGUGAAACUCAUUGAUGUCAAUAGGACAUGUAAGGUUACUAAGGGGGGACAAGUUGUCAAGUAUACUGCUUUGUUGGCUUGUGGGAACUAUCACGGAGUUGUUGGUUUCGCAAAAGCAAAAGGUCCAGCUAUUCCCAUUGCCCUGCAAAAGGCAUAUGAGAAAUGCUUUCAGAACCUACAUUAUGUCGAACGGCAUGAGGAGCAUACAAUUUCGCAUGCAGUUCAAACAAACUACAAAAAGACCAAGGUAUAUCUGUGGCCCGCUCCUACUCAAACAGGGAUGAAAGCAGGUAGAACCGUCCAAACAAUUUUGCAUUUAGCCGGUUUCAGGAAUGUAAAAUCAAAGGUUGUUGGCUCAAGGAACCCACAUAACACAGUUAAGGCUCUUUUCAAAGCUCUAAAUGCGAUUGAGACACCCAAGGAUGUUGAAGAAAAGUUUGGGCGAACUGUCGUCGAGUCAUACUUAUUGUAAUAGGCACAUUUUUUGUUAUAGCAGAGCAUGAGCAAAGGAGAGAUCAAAAGCAUGGAGGCAUCAAUGGAUUGCCCGUCUUUUUCAUAAGCUAGUUACCUUAUUUCUGUUACCUUUCCUUUUGGUGGAAUUUGUUCUUGGUUUUUUUGGUUGUUGUAGUUGCAAAUUAGAUGAUGAUUGCUAGUAGAGCAUAGUAGAAUCUCUUUUCCAGUUCCAGUCUCGACUACUUCACAAGAUUGAAUGGCCAAUUCUCCUCAGAAUCCUCGAUUUGAUUGUUCUCCAAGAAUGUUCAGCGGGGUAUAUAGGUAGUGACUAGUGAAGUAACAGUUGAAGAUACUACGUUUAUGCAGCCCAUUGUACUAUCGAGUUGUUCAUUUUUGGAGGGAUUAUGCCUUGUGCUAUGUUCUUGAUUUGGUCGAAGGAUGAACAAUUAAAGUUUGAAAACUAAAUAAAACCAUUUUUCAAUGA